AUGGUUAUUGCCGAUUCAAAGGGUGAUCGUGUUCAAGCUAUAACUCGCCAUAAGGAAUUUGAACAUUGGAAGGAUUUUGUUGUCUACAAUAAUGUCUAUGUUUUGCAUAACUGUCAUGUUUAUGAUAAUGAUGCAGGUUUUAAAACCUGUGAUAGUCCAUACAAAGUUGUGUUUGGUUCCGGUACCAAGUUCAUGAAAGAUGACUCUAUCACUAACAUUCCUUCUCAUCAUUUUCGCUUCAAAAGUUUUAAGGAAGUUCAGGAUGGAAAGUUUAAAAUCAAUCUUUUGUAUGAGAUCAUUGGCGUUCUUCAUGAAGUUGUCAAAACUCAGACCGCAACUUCUGGAAGAAAACCUUGCACAAAUUUAAUCUUGGCUAAUGAAAGUGGAGACAUGGUUGAUGUUACUUUGUGGGAAGCUUUUUCUACUCAAUUACAAAACUUCAUUUCUGGUCGCAAAGAAAAGGGUCCAAUCUUUUUAAUCCUAACACAUGCUCAGUGUAAACUAGGAGAUAAUGGGAGGCCAACCUUUUGUAACAAUUGGUCAGGAUCACAGCUUUUAAUCAAUCAUAACCACCCAGAUGUUGCCAACUUUAAGUCUUUAUUUAAAGACAUUGAAAACUCUCAAGCUGCUACUCAAGACUUUACUCAGGUUUCGUCUUCAUCUCAAUUAGGCAAAGAUGACCACUUCUCAAAUAUGUCUCAGGUCAAAACUAUUGCUCAAAUGAAACUCUCUCAAAAGGACUCAUAUUGCAUUACUGUUGGAACAACCAAAAAAUUCAAUCCUAAUCAAUUUGGUUGGUACUAUGAGAGUUGUUCCAAAUGCACAAAGUCCUCAAGGUCUAUGGGUGAGAAUUAUACAUGCUCAUGUGGUGAAAAUGUCAAAGUUCCAAUUGCUAGGUACAAAGUUGUUAUUCAAGUUGAAUCCGAAGGACAUAAGGCUGAUUUUGUUUUUUGGGAUAGUGAAUGUCAUAGUAUUAUUGGUACAACUGCUGAAGAACUAAGGGAGAAAAUGAAGAAGGUUGGUGAGGACGAUCCCAAAAUCUAUCCUAUUGAUCUUGACAAGCUACUGAACUUAGAGUUUGCAUAUAAAGUCAAGUACCAAAGUUAUUAUCGUCAAGCUUCCAUUAAUCAGAUGACCAAUGAUCCAACACUUAUUGCUAACAUCAAGCUUCACAUGAAUUUAAAACAUCCUUCACAAUCUGUUGAAAUUGAACUCAAAGAUGGAACUAAUGCUCAAAAGGAGAACACUGAAUGCUCUGAUUCUUUGGUAUUUGCUUCGCAAUCUCUUUCGGCUUGCGGAGACAAUGAAUUUGACAUUACUUCAAACUCUACACCUGCUAAGCGUCUUUCUGCAGCAAUUCAAGUUGACGACAUUCCAUCUCCGCCUUUAACAACAACUAAGCGUUCAUCCACAAAGAACGCCAAGCAUGUCAAACUUGAAUGAACUACUUAUGAUGGACACAAUUCCAAUUCCAUAUGUCAUUCACUUUUUUGAUACAA